UUCCUUGUUGAGCGACUUGGCACGGUUACAAUCUACUUCAUACUGUUUAUCGACCUGCUUUUGUGUGAACAAGUUAAAUAGCUAACUUGUUUGGACAAUAAUAUUUGGGGAAAUUAAUUUGUGAAUAGUGCUGUAAAUAUAACGAUUUUACCAUUAAACAGUGUGUUUAAGUGAUGUCUAUCAUAUUACGACAUUUGUAAUGUAUUUGGAACAUACUGUUCUACUAAAAUCACGAACUGUGUACUCUACUUUCGAUUUAGGUAGCUGUGUACAAGGUAAAUACGAAAGUUGAGUUGGGAUGUUUUUCCAUUUAAAUAAUUACUCCUAAUAUUUAUACGCGUGAACUAUAAGACAACAUUUGGUCAAAAAAUCACCGAAUCCAUCGAAUCUUACGAUGUCUGAACAUCUGCUAGUGGUAGGGCUGGAUUUUGGUACGACAUACAGUGGGUACGCGUUCCAGUUUCGCCAUCAGUACAACCCUUCGGAGCCCACGGUUAUCUGCGCUCCACAAGCCUGGAGCGACGGGAAGACCAAAGUGCAUUCGAUGAAAACCCCGACAUGUCUCCUACUGAACGCGGACAAAAGCAUCAACAGUUUCGGCUUUGAGGCUGAGCGAAGGUACAUCGAGAUAUGCGAUGAAGACCAGGAAGAUGAAUACUACUUCUUCAGGAGAUUCAAGAUGAAGCUACACAAUGUCACGGAAAUCAACGCAUCCACCAUCCUUGAGACUGAGGACAAGAAGAAACAGCUACCAGCACUGGAGGUGUUCGCAAAGUCUAUAGAAUGCUUGAAGAUGAAAUUGAUAGAGGAUCUAGGGAAGAUGCAAGAGAUCCUGCGGCCGGAUAAAGACAUCUUUUACGUUCUUACUGUGCCAGCCAUCUGGAAUGAAAACGCUAAGCGCUUCAUGAGACAGGCCGCGAAACAGGCGGGUAUCGAGAUGGACAAAUUGGAGAUCUCCCUGGAGCCGGAAUGUGCGUCCCUUUUUUGCCAGUACCUUCCCGUGGACCGCUUCACUUCCGGUGGCGGACAGGCACAAUGCGUUCUGACGGCUCCUGGUACCGUGUACAUGAUCGUGGAUUUAGGAGGCGGAACGGCGGACAUCACGGUGCACGAGAAACUGUCUGGCGGGAAACUGCGCGAGGUUCAUCACGCAUGUGGUGGACCAUGGGGAGGCACAAUGGUCGACAGCUACUUCAUACAGAUGCUCAGCACCAUCGUACAGCCUCUUACAUUUGCUGAAUUCAUGAAAAUUCAUGCUGGUGAUUACCUCGACCUAAUGCGAGACUUUGAGCUACUGAAACGAAAGGUGUCGACAAAAACAGAGCACCCAUUGACAAUAAAGAUACCUCCAACUUUGAACGAAGUAACACUACAAUGGUUAAAGAAGUCGUUUAAAGAGGCCCUUGAAGACAGCGAGUAUUCUGGGAGAGUUUAUGUGACAAAGGAUAAGCUGAAGAUUACUGCGCCGGUAGCGAUGCAAUUGUUUCAGCAAGUUGCGGACCGAUUGUUGCCUACCUUGGAGUCUUGCGUUGAAGAGCUGAAAAAGAAGAGGUUGCCGCCCGUCUCCCUCAUACUGAUGGUGGGCGGCUUCUCGGAGUCUCUCUAUAUACAGGAGGUAGUUCAGGACAUGUUUAGCCGUCAGGGAGGUAUCCGCGUGCUGGUACCGGAAGAAGCGGGCCUGUGUGUGCUCAAGGGAGCCGUGGUUUUCGGGCGCAAACCAGAGAGCAUCGACUCCAGGAUUCUUCGCUACACUUACGGGGCGGAAGUCACACCACCGUUUGACCCGGCUCUUUACGACCAAGCGAAACGUACGAAAGACGGCAAACGUUGCGCUAACGUCUUUAAAGCGUUUAUGGAGCGGGGAAAGGAACUAAGACACGGGGAAGAACUGAAGACCAUUUACCACACAACGGCGCCCAAUCAGAAAUCUAUCGCACUAAGAAUUUUCGCUGCGGAAAAGGAUGUGAAGUACACCACGGACGAUGGAUGCAACUUUGUUGGCACACUGACGAUGAAGUUGAAUACGCCGCGACCUGAGCUGCAGGAUUUGGCCGUCGAAUACAUAUUUGGUGGAACGGAAAUAAAAGUUGUUGGCACCGAAGUGAAAACAAAUCAUACAUGUGAAGCCACGAUUCGAAUGAAUGAAUAGAGCGUUUUACAAAGUGUAUAAGAGUAUUAUAUAACACAAUAAGUAUGUGAUGUCACACGCAAAGGCGAUGUCUACACUCUAAGGCGUUUAACUACAGUCGAACCAGGUUGGCUUGAAUUCCAAGGGACCGGCGAAAAAACCUUGAGCCUCUGAAAUUUCAAGCCAAGAGGAAAUGCUUAGCUUUUAAAUUAGUAUAAAGAAAGCGGUCCUUUACAUCCAGUUCGAGCCAACGAGGAAUUCGAGCCAAGCGAGUUCGGGCCAAACGUGGUUCGACUGUAGUUUAGAACAAUGACUUCGUAAGAUUGUAUAGUGUGUAUUUAAGAAGUGCUCUUCACAGUAUUGAUAUACCACGGUGAACUACAAACAUAAAUGGGUGCGUGUUUGAACGAAUUGAGUAUGUAAUAUGUGUUUUUUUUCUCUCGAGCAUCAAGCUCUCAAACCCAACUGCUGAACUUAUAAUGAAUGUCGUGGUAGAAUAGUGGUUUUGUAUGUACAGUGUGUUACUGAUACAGGACGUUGUAUAAGCCAUCCAAUAACCCCUUGCCAAAACGUCAAAAACCUUCAACUCUCGACCCAAUUUGUCAAAACACGUUAAGUCCCUAAUGCAAGGACUAAGCUAAACUCGCUAUUUUCAAUGGUUUGAUUUUAAAAUUCUUACGAACUUUUAGAUUUGAAAAGAAAAUAUAUUUGAUUAUAAUCACAAUAUACCAUUUCUGUUUAGAAAAAGGAACAUUUAAGUAAGACAUUUGAUUUAAUGAAAUAAGCCACUAAGGCUUGGCAUUCUUAAAAACUUUCAAGAAAAUGGGACCUGAACUAGGCUAUGUUUAAUAACACCAGUAUUUUACCAGAUAUAAGGGCACAAUUAUUCCCAUCAAACAAACAUGACAGAGUUUCUUUCCGUGCUUCGAGAACAACAAUUUCAGUAGUGUAUAAAAAUGUAUGUUUUGAACUUGAACUAUCAGCCGACCUAACUUACAAAAGCGUAUUGACGUUGACGGCUCUAAGAGGAGAGAAUGAAUUUGAAUGAACCAUUCAUUGUGCUGUAUGCGCCUUUUUGUACAACUGGAGUUAAGUUGUUUUUUUUAUAUAAAUAUAAAAAUCAGACAAUCACGUUAUGUUUAU